CUUGGUACGAUGAGCCCGCAAGUCGCACUUGGUGGCUUGUAUUCUUGAUCUGUGCAUUGGCCUCAGGCUAUCGAACUGCAGCGGUCGGCCUACAGGCGCCUAACAAAUCCCCACCUCCCAGUAUGCGACACAAAGAUACUUCAUUCGUCAAAUUUGCGCUCUUCUUCAUGUCGACAGCCUUCCAGUUUUAUAUCGUCAUUUAUGUGAUAUCGCUCUCUACUCGAGUUGGACUAGCAUUUGUCUAUCCGGACAUCGAAUCAAGGAUCUGCACAUGUCAGCCAUCUAUGGGGAUGAUAUUGGCGGGCAUCUUCGGUUGCCUUCUAGGUUGGAUCGGCACGGAGCUGCGUGCAUGGUGCUACAAGGCAUUGGGCCAGUAUUUUACCUUCCAUCUGGCAGUGCAAGAGAACCAGACGUUAGUUACGACCGGCCCGUACACAUAUCUUCGUCAUCCAUCCUACCUCGGUGGCUGCUUGGAAUUUCUCGCCGUGUCACCGACGCUUAUCCUAUGCAAUCCGAUCUCAAUGUGUUGGGGACGACAUCUGCUUUCACGCGGCCCUCAGAUCGAAGCAGCUUUCAUGCUCUUCUUCCUUGUAGCGCCGUGGAUCGCAUACCCCCAGAGAAUAGCAGUAGAGGAAAAGAUGAUGAAAGCGAAGUUCGGGAAAGAGUACGCAGAGUGGGAGAAGAAAACCUGGCGGGUGAUCCCUCUCGUUUACUAGUAAUGUUUCCGCAUCAACCAUGGUGCGACAAUUUA